GGUGCUCCAAAAGAAAAUUCCUAUCCCUGCCGGCCUACGGGAAGGGAACAAUUUUCAUUCCACAGCGCCGGGUGGAGUGCCGGCCGCUGCCCGCGCUACAACGGCGGCUACCACCGCUACUGCAUGACCAGAAGCCCAGCCAAGUUCAGAGCCAAGCCUGAAAGGAAGAGAUUGCGAUCCGUUUAGUCGGUCGAUCCAGUGGUCAACAGCAUCAGGAGGUGCACGACGACAGAGGAUAUCGGAGUGCGUUUAUGUGCAGGGAGCUUGUGCUCGGUGAAAAAUGAAACGCGGUGCGAUGAGUGGCCAUUGAGUGACCCCGUGCUGUUUUCUGUGUUUUCGCGUGAGUGCGAAGUGAUCGUGUUGUUCCUAUCGUGCGCCGUCCCAAGGGUCUGCCUCGUCUCGCCAGAUCUUCUCGGAGGAAUAAUAUGGAUUCGUGAGAGCGCACCAUGCUGAAGCUGGCCGGCCUAUGAUGGCAUCCCUGUCGCCUACGGAUAUCUCGCGGCGAAACCCCCAGGAUGAAUACGAACUGGUGCAGCGGGUCGGCAGCGGGACUUACGGCGAUGUCUACAAGGCGAAGAGGCUAUCCACCGGUGAGAUGGCGGCCAUCAAGGUCAUCAAGUUGGAGCCAGGUUGGCGCUAUGGCACAUGGGACGAGUUUGGAGUCAUCCAGCAGGAAAUCCUGAUGAUGAAAGACUGCCGGCACCCGAACAUUGUGGCUUACUUCGGCUCCUACUUGCGGCGGGACAAGCUCUGGAUUUGCAUGGAGUAUUGUGGAGGGGGAUCACUACAGGACAUCUACCACAUCACGGGUCCCCUGAGUGAGCAGCAGAUAGCAUACAUGUGCCGGGAGACGCUCAAAGGGAUUGCCUACCUGCACUAUGUGGGCAAGAUGCACCGAGACGUCAAGGGCGCCAACAUCCUCUUGACCGACGACGGUGACGUCAAGCUCGCCGAUUUUGGCGUGUCUGCCCAGAUCACUGCCACCAUCAGCAAGCGAAAGUCGUUCAUUGGAACACCUUAUUGGAUGGCGCCCGAGGUAGCAGCCGUGGAGCGCAAGGGUGGCUACAACCAGCAGUGUGACAUCUGGGCAGUGGGCAUCACAGCCAUCGAGCUAGCGGAACUGCAGCCGCCAAUGUUUGACCUACACCCCAUGCGGGCCCUCUUCCUCAUGUCCAAGUCGGGCUUCAAGCCACCCCAGCUCAAGGACAAGGUCAAAUGGUCCCAGAACUUCCACCACUUUGUCAAGGUGGCCCUGACCAAGAACCCCAAGAAGAGGCCCACUGCAGAGCGGUUACUCAUGCACCCUUUCCUCAAUGGAGACCACCUGACCAAGCGGCUGGCAAGGGAACUCUUAGAGAAAGUCAACAACCCGCACAACAACUACAGUGAACUCGACCCCGACGAUGAUGGGAUCCUGUAUAACGUGCCACAAAGGAUUGCGUCCCAGCGGUCUGCAAGGACAGCAGAAAGGGCACAUUCGGAACUCAACAUGGACAAUGUCAGCUUUGAGCAACGAGUUUUCACAGAGCUCGGUGACUCAACAAAUCAGAACGCACCAGUGCAUAACGGCCAGGGCAACAACCACUACGACCUGGCAACAGCGUGGAUGGAGCGCGACAGCGAGACGGAGGAGAUCCAACGUGCUGGGCCGAUAGCGGCUGCGGCUGCUUACGACGUGGAUGACGACACUGAGGCGAAAUUUUGUGCUGCCCUCAGGAGCCUGCUGGAGAUUGUGGACGAGGAGCUGCGGCACAGGGGUCACACUGAGAGGUUGUCUGACCAGGACCUCAAGUACUCUCAACAGGCCACACUUCCGAUGGACAAGGCGGACAAUGCUGAGCCGUGGCCAUCGGGUCCACCACACGAAAAUGGUCACGGCAUACAUGACAGCCGAGGUGACGGCAAUGCUGCCAGGGACGGCACAUUGGAGGCCAUUGCCAGCACGGCGAGGCUACCAGCCACGAGUUACGCGAUGCUCGAGACCGACAUCCUGGGAGACGGCCCAGAAGACCACGAUGCCAGGGAGGGCAGUGUGACCCCGACAGGGUCGCUAGAGAGGCCCGGGGCAGCGGAAGAGGAGACCCUUUCAGAGACGGAGGCCCCCUCGAGGGAUGCAGCGGGGCGCCCGGAGGCCCCUCCGCGGAAGAAGGAAAAGAGGCGGUCGCACCUGGUGCCCAACCUACCUAUGCAGAAGCCCGUAAGCAAUGGACUUCCGCCAACGCCCAAGGUGCACAUGGGUGCCUGCUUCUCCAAAGUCUUCAAUGGCUGCCCCCUCAAGGUCCUCUGCAGCACCAGCUGGAUACACCCCGAGACCAGGGAUCAACACAUCUUGUUUGGCUGUGAGGAGGGCAUCUACACACUCAACCUCAAUGAGAUUCACGACUCCUGCGUGGACCAGAUCUUUCCCCGAAGAACAUCUUGGAUGUUUGUCAUCAAGGAUGUCCUCAUGUCAUUGUCAGGCAAGAACCAGCAACUGUACAGGCAUGACCUUGCUGCACUUCAUGCAAGAGCCGGACAACGAUUCGGCUUGCCUGUCGGUCGGCUACCCGAGCGGCUAGUUCCCCGGCGGUACGCAGCCACUACCAAGGUGGCAGACACGAAGGGUUGCAUGCGGUGCUGCGUGGGCCGCAACCCGUACAAUGGCUACAAGUACCUGUGCGGGCUGUCCCCUCAGGGGGUCUUCCUAAUGCAGUGGUACAACCCGCUCGCCAAGUUCAUGCUGCUCAAGCAAUUUGAGUGCAUGGUUCCGGCGCGGUUAAGCGUGUUUGAGAUGAUCAUCACGCCUGACCUGGACUACCCUAUCCUCUGUGUUGGAGUCCGGAAAGGCUACGACGGCUCCCAGUUGAAGCUGGACACUAUUGACCUUAACUCAUCGGCGUGCUGGUUUGGCUACAACGAAGACGAGGACUCGGACGGCCUGGAGACAAUGGUUCCACGCCACGAGCUUCUGCAUGUGGUGCACGUGACGCAGAUUGACCGGGACACCGUGCUCGUCUGCUACGACAAUCAAGUGAAGUUGCUGGACUUGGAAGGCCAGCUCAAGCCCAGCGACGUGCAACCUGCCGAGCUCCAUUUUGACUUCACGGUCGAGUACAUUGUGUGCCUGACGGACUGUGUGCUGGCGUUCCACAAACAUGGCAUGCAGGGCCGGAGCUUCCUCAACAACGAGGUCGUCCAGGAGAUCAGUGACUCCACGCGCAUUUUCCGUGUCCUCGGAUCGGACAGCGCAAAGUAUUUUGGGUUCACGGCGGCCGACCCAACGUGCGAGCAGGCAGAAAGGAUUGUGGUGCUGGAGAGCAGAGCAACAGAUACACCCACCGGACCUUCCAACAUCUACAUCCUUGCCGGGCACGAAAACAGCUACUAGGACAACGACUGUGAGCAUCUGGUGGAACUUUCAGCGGCAGAUAAAGCUGUACAACUGGCGGAAUAGUUCACAACAGUGCAGGGAAGGUCACUCAAUUGCUUCUCAAGAUGGUGCAGUUGCCCCUGUUCUUCAUCGCCCAGCCGUGCAGUGAUGAGAGAGGUGAAAUGCCCAAGCGUGGUGUGUUCACGCUGGUCAAGUUGUGAAUGCCAUUGUUCUGCAAAUCUAUUCGGCCCUCAGUUUCCCCGUGGUUUGUGAUUCAAGCAGAAGGGACUUUGUCCAUUGAGCAUGUAACAGACUAAUGCAUCAACUUCUGGAGAUGGCGUCGGCAGUCCAAGUCAACAGGUGUUAUUUUGAGCAACAUGUUUCACAUGUUUUGCUGGCUGUGUCCUCUUGUUUAAUGACAGUUAUAGCUGUAGAGCUGGAAGUCAAUUGCAGUGCAGCGAUGUGUCCGCGUCUUCUGCUGCGCAUCCAGACAAGAUGUUAAUGGAACAGUGGAGAGGCCUGCAUACGAAUUCGACGUCUGUCUUUGCGACAUUGUGCCCGUCCCAUGGUUGCCAAGGGCUCAGAGGUGUUCGACGUUGCACCACCAGCAAGACAAAAGUCAUCGGCAUUUUAGUUUUGACGCAAGCCCGUCAUCUGCCGUCCACCAGGUGUCACUGCUACUCAGAUGCUGAGGUGGAAUUCAACUCUUGUUGACUGCAUUCUUUUCUCUGUGUAUUUUAAUUUCUCUUUACUCUCUGGCAGUGACAAAGUGUACAGAGGGAGUGAUUGUUCCCGAAUUUUUUCCCUUCCAGCUCUCCUUUUCUUUCUUAUUCUUACUCCUUCCUCCACAUUCUGUGCCUGUCCAUGUCUAUGGUAACUCGAUAUUUAUUUGUGUACAUAUGUUGAAGCCUUGACUCUCCUUUUUUUUUUUUGUAUAGACAAAUGAAUUUACUCUUGGCAGAAGUGGUGAACAGAUGGUAAGGUACCCUUCCUUGCAGGGGCAGUGAGUGACCUCGAAGGGUUUCCGGUAGAUUCACUUUUGUUUUAUGAUUUCUCGCAUCAACGAGCUGUCUACUAUGCAGCAUUGCAUCAAGAGGGAUGUGCUUCGGCUACUGUUUUCUAUGAUGGCACUGUAAACAGUUUGGUUUGGUACUUUUUAGCAAUGGUGUGUGGAGAAUUAUGUUGAAGGACUUAUAACUUUGUGUGUCAUGGGUGGAUGAAAAGUGAAAAGUCAUUUAAGCAGUAACAGUAGUUGUAGUAGAUGCUGUGUGAAACAGUAUGUGUCAGUCAACAUUCUCAAAUAUUAUGUCCAAGCUAGCAGCUUUUCUUUUUUUUAUCACUGGAUUGCAAACUUGGUUCCUUCACUUUUGCAAACAAAUUUUAACCUUGGUUUUAGAAAAAUAUAUCAACCUUCUUUUUAUCUGUAUUGAGAUGUACCCAUAACGGCAUGACUGUGUGGCUUGCGUAGACAACUUGUACUGUGCAAUGAAAUCACUGGUAAUCAGUUCUGAAAAUUGGUCACCUUGAGUAGGCAAAGCUAGACUAGAAUUGGAACAAAGGUCUCCGGUGGGGUGGCCAUUGUUGCGCGCAAUAUUCGUAAAAAAAAUAUCUAGUGAACACUGUCAAGUUUAAGAAUUUCCAAAUACAACAGGAGAACUCACCAUAAAGAACAAACCUGAUAUAGUAGCAAUAUUAAUUGCGUUUCUUGGUUUGUACAGCUUUACGACUUCAAAUCUAGAAAACAUUGGUUCAGCUUUGUCUUCUGUUGCGCAAAAGCUAUGGGCACUCUGCUUUCAUUUCCACAUGUUCAAAUUGGAAGCACCUGUAGUUCAUAUGAGUGAACAACAUCAUGAUCAAAAAUAUUUGCCAAUCUUGUAAUAUACUAGCAUUUUCUGAUUUAGAAAUUUUAGUACUGCUUCUCCGAUGCAUUUGUGUUGUUAAUCACAAGUUGAGAGGUCAAGAGAAAUGGCGAAUGUUGUGCAUCUUCAGCCUGCCUUGCUUUUCCACCACAGUGGCCGAGCUUUCUCAAGAGCUUCAUUCAGAUGUCGUUAUAUAACACCAUGUCGUGCUUUACCAAAUUAAUAGACCAGAUGUGGGAAGCGGUGUAGGAAGUGAAGAAGGCAAAUUGAACGAACCUGUCUAAGCAAAGCUGCAUGCCAGCUUUCAGCAAGUUUUAAGAAUUGUCACGAAAUCUUGCAUAAGUGCACGGUUUCAUCCUAAUGCGCUCUUUGCAUGUGUUGUUGUUUUACAUUGUACUGAAAAAGUAUUUGGAACACUGAAGCUGGGGUGACUCUUUAUUUUAUAGCAAUGUGACUAUGAAGUCUAUAAGUGCGAGUUGCAAUCCUGUGGUUGCAGGUUUGAGUGCACACUGUGAACUCUGGGACGCAUGCAUUACCUGCUGGGAAACUUAAGCUCUUCAUGAUUUGUAGCGCUUCAAAUAUUGCAAGUGGUGGUACUGAGGCAUAAUGAAAUCAACAUAUGCUGCCUCUGAGGGGAACAGUUAAUGAGGAAUAGGGAAGACGCACCUGUGCGAACUGAGACGAUCACAUAGAAAGAAAACACAGGGGCAACAUUUACCUUGUGCUGUUCUACGUAUCUGAUUUUCUCAGUUUGCGCUAUUACGGCUUCCCUACAUUUGAACCAAUUUUGAUGAGGAGCAAGCUUCAAUUUAAUGUUGAGUGCUGCAGUUGUUUGGCCAUGAUGUCAGACAGAAAUGCGUGCAGUAUUAAAACAGUGUACAAAGAUGAUAACAUCAGGCACUGAUGAUGACCUGUGAUGUCAUCUUCUUCAUCUAGUGUUCAGAGAAAUUGAUGUAAACAUACGUUUAGAGGGGGCAGGCACUUUGGUGAAGUAUGUCAUGCUCACGAUUAAGGAAUCCUGAUGCAUUUUCUGCAUCCCUUCUGCAAAAGAACUGCUGCUGCUGCUGCCCAUUUAAAGAGACGGCAGGGCUCUUUUACUGUGUAAACCAGGGGUGGCCAGACAGCUAUAGUCGGAGUCACAAAAGAGAUCACUGUGUUUCUCAAAGUUGGAGCAAAAUCCAAGAGUUUGAGACCACAUCAUGUACCUCAUUUUGACUGCUUGCCCUCUCUGCUUUAAAAUAUGCUCGUCUAGUUGGCUACCCCUGAUGUAAUCGAAUUCUUCUUUUUUUUUCAUCAUCUGACUUGCAAUGAAAACUUAUUAUUGCUGCUUUGAAACAAAGCCAAUAUUCGAGUACUCUAGAAUGCAGUCCUUACUACAGCUGGAGGUUUAGAUGGAACAUAUUGGAAGGGUAGCACCAUUUUGGAAUACAUGUUGCAGUGGAAUGGGCUAGGCUGGGUUUUGGUGAUAGGUUCUUCAGGUCGGUAUGUGUGGCUCACCACCCUGUGAUUCCUUCAAAGUACAACUCGAAGCCUAAAUGUUAUUGCCGACUGUGUGAAAACACAAUGGUGCCACGAGGUGAAUUCUACUGGUUGAUCCGGAGUGUUUUUCACUCUGCGACAAAAAAUUUGUCUCGUGCUGAUCAAUUCGUGCUAAAUUCACUUUCCACUGCUUCUUUUGAAUUGACCUGCUCCAUGCCUUUGGCUUCCCUGUUUUGCAAUUGGAGCAUGCUUUUUCAACAGUGAGUCUUUUUGACCUGUAACCUUGGCCUACGUUAGACGCUGGGUGUGUGGGAAGACACCCACUGUGAUCUGGCAUGCAGCAUCCUGCUUUUGUCCGGGGCAUGUGGAUUUGGUGAAACGUGAGCAUGAUCCAACGAGUGCUUACUCGAGGAUUCAAGCAGAUCCUCCAGAACAACUGGGGGAAUUUGCUGACAGUUUGGUACAUUCUCAAGACUCCAAGCUAGCCUCUUGUGCUCGGAUCACCCGCGCCACUGUUACAAGUCUGUGAAGUAUAUAUAUUCUCACAGUGGCUGUGCAGGCAUGUCGCCUGUUGCAGCUAUUCAAAUGGAGUAUUAAUUUUUGUGGCAGUCUGCCAGCCCGUGUGCCAGUUUAAUGCAUCUGCUGCUGCAGUGUGCAAGAAGAAGGUGGACCGAAGGGCUAGAUUUGUUGUUUUGCAACAGCCAUCUGAAGCCAAUAGGCAGUUAAGCCAGGAACUGCGUAACGAGAAAUGUCUUUAAUUUUAAUGUAAGAGUAAUGACAGCAAUGAAAAAUGAAUGUGGACAAAAAAGCGGCUUGACGCAGGCGGAAGCCAAGCCCACAUCUUCCACAAGCCGUCAGUUGUGCUGGAUAACGCUCCGAGGGCUAACCUUGUACACAUAUACACUAGGCAGUGGACAGGAGAGAGGCCGCUAGCGUAGCUCAAUUGGCUGAACAUUGCACGUAUGAUACGGCCGACGUGGUGUUAGUUCCCGCCUGCAGCAAGUCGUCUUGCCAUCCUGUUUCAAUGUCCCAUUUUUUACAUUCUAAUCUGAAAAAAAAAAAAAGAUGGCAGUUCCUUGGGGCUUUCAUUGGCUUCAUUAUCUGUUUGCUUCCUGUAUUAGCUGUUCUACUGUGUGCAUCACAUGACCUGGGUGCCCUGUAGGUGGUUGUCGAUACCCUGAGCAUGCCAUGCAUUGUGCGCAAGACGUGAUUGGUCGCAGUUUGCUGGAGGAGGAAAGUGUGUUGGAAGCAGCUGGAACUCGCACAGGGACUACUCUUGGACGAAAGCACAAAUGGCACCAGAUGGCUUCUGUGGUAGUCUUUAAACGGGUCUGCACAUUUAAAAUAAAAGAAAAUAGAAAGAACAAGUAAAAAAAGAGUUGCAAUAAAACAAGGCCAGGCAUAUCCCUUCAGCAGAUGUAUUGUAAUAUCCCGAGUCAUUUGCCCAUCUCCAAGACGGUGCCCACUCUCCUUAUCUCGCAAAAUGCCCAUGCGUCAAAAUACAACCUUGAGGUCAUUCACUUCACAAAAGUACUGCGGAUGACAUCGUGCCGUAGCUUAAGUGUGUACACCAGGGGCAUUCUUGCAGCGUCUGUUUGCCGAAUUCUGUUCUUCAAUUUCAUGUUUGCAGCAUAAAUGAAUGCGUUUGCAGGUAGCUUGUGGCGCAGGCUUUUAUGGAGCAUGUACCACAAGCAUGUGCCAUGUGCUAUUGGUGGCUCCUCAGCCUGACUUUCUGCAUUUGCAUAAAGAAAUUACCUACCCCCCCUUGGCCUCCAUAACGUCUGCUGAUGGAUCUACCAUGACUCUGUAUAUUACAGUAUGUUCGGCUCUUGUUGCUAGAGGCUAGCGUAGUGGGUCUAUCAGAAAUGGACAGGCUGCAGGCCUACCUGCAAUGUCAUGGCCUCUCAAGGCCAGUGCCUUUUGUACGUAGACCAUAGCUGCGAGCCACACGAGCUCCCAGCACACAACCAGGCGUGUACUGUCAAACGGCUCCCCAGCUUAAACGAACAAGUCUCGCAAAACAAUGUCUGGAUGAGAUUUAGCGAGAAACUUGGAACCGAGGUAAAAUGUGGCAAUUCACAGGGUCCAAAAAAUAUUUACAAUCACGUUGCAAGGAUUCAAACUCAAUAGGGAAUUUAGAAUUUAAUUUAAUUCUUAAGGAAAUCUCAAAAUUCUUGUUGGCCUGCUGUAUCCUUGGGCUAUUUUUAAGCCCCUCCACUCAAACGAAGCUUGUAUUUGGUUUAGCUACUUCAAACUUGUUACCUUCCCAAAAUAAAGCAAUUCAUAAAACAUCAGCCAUGACAAGUCAAAACAUGUGUGACCAUGUUUAUAUCCUCGCUUAUGUGCGUGUUGGCAAGUGCCUUAUUUAAGUGGCACCACAGAUUCGGUAAUGCGUUUUGUGGUUCUGAUAUCCAAGGUUUACGUUCUCGGGGUCUUAUCCUGCGUGUUGGAAAGUAUCUCUUGGCUUCGCAUUCAGACUCGCUUUCAUUUAGUGUCACACAGAAGGCAGGAUAGAAUUGUCCUGUGCAUAUAUCUGUUCACAUCAGAGUUUCUAAUUCUGUUUUUGACCGCCUUUCAUUAAACAUUAACUAAUUCAAACAAAAGUCCAUGGUUCCUAGGAGUUUGAUUCCAUGCAAGUUAGCUUUUAGCAUAGGCUGCAUGAAAGGCUUUUUUUAGUGACAUCAUAGAAUUUAACUGAUCCUUCACAGAUGUGAGAUAGCAGUAAGUAACGUGGUUGUUUAGCAAUCAGGUAGGUUGACAAAUUGUAGGGGGAGCUGCUUGGGCACUGUACAUACCUGAGGGUAAUUAUUUCGUCGAUACCGACACCUCGCACAAGCAAAACUAUGAGAGCAUACAAAUAAAACUUAAGAGAUCAUCUAUUUUCAGUGAUCGAUAGAACCUAUUUAGCUACCUUACACUAAGGGCAAAGUGACAAGCUUCAAGCUGUUGCUGAAUUACAUUUCAAAGAAGGUCUGAAAUCAAUGCUUGUAAGCAUACUGUGUUGUAACUAUUCCCCCUGUAACUUUGCCAAUACGAGAUGUUUGCACCUUCUCUGGCUUUGAAAAAAUAUUUGCAAAAUCUUUUCAAACAUUUUUCAUUGAAGAGCUCACAACCAGGCCAGGUAUAGCGCAACAGCGCUCCAUGUAAAUGUCUGUGAGCUUUCUUCUUUAAUGCUCCAUUCUCGAUUAUCGAAAUGAUAUACAAUGCCUUUUAGGCUUUGAAAUUUGUGGAGAGCAGUAAGUUGGGGCUAUUUGGUAUUCUUUCGUUGUCAUAUUGAUUGCAGACCAGCGAACAGAGUCCCUGUAAAUAAAUGAACAAACUUUUUCUAGUGUUGUCCAGCAUGGUGGCGAGCCUGUCAUGCGGCAGCCAUAACCACUUCCAUAGCCACAACCAUAGCUGCCUGUGUCACAAGUUACUACCAUAGUUUGAAUAGACAUCCACAAUGCCACUAUGGACGAGGCAAGUUGUGCAAGUUACACUCCUACAAAUUGUGCACUCGUUUUAUGUGACUGUACACUGCACACAGAUCUGCAGAUUCUUAUAUUCCCUCUACUAUUCGAUCACAGACACUCUGUGUCAUCUUAAUACUUUUUGUCACUGCUGCUAUUAUUUGACACAUGCACUUUGUAAAGUGCGCUUCGAAUUGUACAUCACAUUGACUGACACUAUUCGUUUAUCAUUUUGCCUUCAAAAUUUACAUAGAGUUAAAAGAAAGCUAUAAUGAAAAGGGCAGAAUACAUGGAUGGGCAGUGUAUCUAGCACUGGCCCUUCUUUUUUUUCCUUUUAUUUCAUUGGUUUAUCACACUUGCCUUCUUACUCACUCAUUCUAGGCAUUAAUAGUUGUCUUCCUGUAGUGAGUUCCAUGCAGUCUCUGAAAAAGAAAUUCAAGCACUGAUCAAGCUGUGCAUAUUGCUAUCAUGACGGUGUACAUAGUGUAAUAAACUACCCGCCUCUUAGGAUAAAACACAAUCCUGGUUGUUUCUUGCCAUGCCCACAGUCUGUUAUAGCAUACCCAUUACUGCAAGCAUAGAAGUGCAGGAGUGUUCUUUUGAGCAAGCGUGUUUUUGCCAUGUCGAAAGAACUUCAGUUGCCUCGGGCAAACUACACUAAGCAAAUCGGAUUUGACAUGUGUUGUCUGUGUCAUGACAUCAUAAACAAACAAAACAAAAAAAGAACCGGCGAAGGCAAACCUUGUUGUAUAGUUUGAGGUAGUUGGGUUGUUGAUCUUAGGCUUACCUUGAAGAAAGGAACGUUAAGUGUUACCGCUAAACAAAAGAAAGCGUAAAUGUUAAACAUUAGCUGACUUGAGUUUGUUUCAGCGAUGUAUAGGUGUGUUUGUUUCAACAUCAGUGAAAGCCACCUGAGGCAUUGCGAAUAAGCCAGAGAGCACAUGAUGUCUACUGCACGCAUCUUUGUUGCAGUACACCCACAUGAACUAUGACGACUGAAAAAGAUUCUUGUUUUUGGAGUUGAUUGGGUGGUAUGCUCACUGUCGUUGGGGACCUGUCUGUGCAUUUUCUGCAAUGUUUAGCAUUGUCUGAUGCGAGUGCUUUCUGACUCACUCUCUCCCUAUGCCUAGGGACUCCUUCGAUUCUUGAGGCACACGGACUUAUGUGCAUGCCUACUGUAAGCUGCACUCUUGUGCUUUGGAUUUGGGAUACACAAGUAGUUUCGGGCUCAAUAUAGCUCCAAGUGCAAAAUUCUUAUAUAGUUUCUUUAUUUACCCUGCCUGAGUUUCUGAGCUUUUCCUUGUCACCUUAUCUUGAAACUUUUAUAGAUCAUCAUGACAUUUUGCACGUGCUGUGCAACAAUAUGUGAUACAAAUUGGACCAAAAUUCUGCUCACCCUUUGGCUGAUGCUGAUGUACGUCUCUUUUUGUACAUUUAGAGUUUCAGUUGUGUUUUUGCGGUGUAAGUCACCGUAGCUUUCUUUUAUGUAGCACCUUGUGUGUCUCUAUUGAAAAUUGACCGUUGGAUUGCCAUUCUAGAUGCAUUCUUGUAUUGCUGAAGUGGUUGCCAAGUUGAAAAAGUCAAAUGGCUAGCAGAGAGAUUUGUGGUUUAGUGUGCUUGUGACAUGUUCAUGUUGCAAUGCCUCUGUAAUUAUACUCUCGGUAUUUGAAUCUUUGUUUUUGUGUAUGUAUGGCACAUUACUGCUUGUAAUGGUUUUGACAAAUCUGAAACUUCCUAUAAGCUUCCUUAGAGGUUGCUGUGCAUGAGUCUGUAUUAUAUAUAUAUGUAUGUAUGUAUACGAGUGUUUACACAAUUUGCUAGCUGUGAUGUUAGAGUGUCCACAUUUAUGUUCACGCUUUUAUUUUUGUAGAGUCCACCUGCCCCCUUUUUAUUUUUUUGAUGCCCCGCAGAGUGGUGGUGCGAGGAGUAUAAGAGCGGUGUAAUAAAUGAGAGUUGAAUGCAAGCCUAA